CCGAUGGCAGGCGGUGAUCUGUAAUAUAACGCCGGUCAUAUUAUUUUUUCAUUAAUAUUAAUAAAAAUUAUUUACGAACAUCGAUAAUACUCUCAUAAUGCCUCUAAGAUUAGACAUUAAACGUAAGCUGACCGCCAGGUCAGACAGGGUGAAAUGUGUAGAUCUUCAUCCAACUGAGCCAUGGAUGCUGUGUUCAUUGUAUCAAGGCAAUGUUAACAUCUGGAAUCAUGAAAGCCAAACACUUGUCAAAACUUUUGAAGUUUGUGACCUUCCUGUUAGGUCUGCCAAGUUCAUUGCCAGAAAAAAUUGGCUUGUUACUGGUUCUGAUGACAUGCAGAUCAGAGUUUUCAAUUAUAACACACUGGAAAGAGUGCAUGCCUUUGAAGCACACAGUGAUUAUGUGAGGUGUAUUAUUGUUCAUCCAGUCCAACCUUUUAUUCUUACAAGCAGUGAUGAUAUGCAGAUUAAACUUUGGAACUGGGAAAAACAGUGGCUCUGUCAGCAAGUUUUCGAUGGACACACACAUUAUGUUAUGCAAAUAGUAUUUAACCCUAAAGAUAAUAAUACUUUUGCAAGUGCUUCACUUGAUCGUACCCUCAAAGUUUGGCAACUUGGUUCAUCGACAGCAAAUUUUACACUUGAAGGUCAUGAAAAAGGAGUUAAUUGCGUAGAUUAUUAUCAUGGUGGUGAUAAACCAUAUCUUAUAUCUGGUGCUGAUGAUCGAUAUGUAAAAAUAUGGGAUUAUCAAAAUAAAACCUGUGUGCAAACAUUGGAAGGACAUACUCAAAAUAUUUCAGCAGUAUGUUUCCAUCCAGAAUUACCAAUUGUUUUAACUGGUUCUGAAGAUGGAACUGUCAGGAUUUGGCAUGCUGGAACUUACAGACUUGAAUCACCUUUAAAUUAUGGUUUUGAAAGAGUAUGGACCAUUGCUUGCAUGAAAGGAUCUAAUAAUGUAGCAAUUGGAUAUGAUGAAGGUAGUGUCAUGGUCAAAGUAGGAAGGGAAGAACCUGCUGUUUCAAUGGAUUCAAUGGGAGGUAAAAUUGUUUGGGCAAAACAUAGUGAAAUCCAACAAGUUAAUUUAAAAGCUCUUGAAGAAGAAGCACAAGAUGGUGAAAAAUUACCAUUAAUUGUAAAAGAUAUGGGUGCUUGUGAAAUUUAUCCUCAAACUAUUCAACAUAAUCCUAAUGGCAGAUUCUUAGUAGUUUGUGGAGAUGGUGAAUAUAUCAUCUAUACAUCAAUGGCACUCAGAAAUAAAGCAUUUGGACAAGCAUUUGAAUUUGUAUGGGCUGCAGAUUCAAGUCAAUAUGCAGUAAGAGAAAGUUCAACUACAGUUAAAGUAUUUAAAAAUUUUAAGGAAAAAAAAAGUUUUAAACCUGAUUUUGGAGCUGAUAGUAUAUUUGGUGGACAUUUAUUGGGAAUUUAUUCAAAUUCUGGUCUUUCAUUUUAUGACUGGGAUUCUCUGAAACUUGUUAGACGUAUUGAUAUUCAGCCUACACAUGUAUAUUGGGCUGAAAAUGCUUCACUUGUUGCCCUUGCAACAACUGAACAGUAUUUCAUUCUUAAAUAUAACGUUGAAUCUGUCCAAAUGGCUGGUGAAAAUGCUGAAGAUAUAGAAGAUGCAUUUGAGAUGAUAGCAGAAAUGAAUGAAGUUGUUAAGACUGGUGUAUGGGUUGGUGAUUGUUUCAUCUACACCAACAGUGUCAACAGAGUAAACUAUUUUGUAGGAGGUGAAGUUGUUACUGUAUCUCACUUGGAUAGACCUAUGUACCUGCUGGGAUAUGUUCCAAAAGACAAUCGCUUAUACCUUUGUGAUAAAGAAUUAUCCGUGGUAUCAUAUUCUUUACUGCUCUCAGUUCUAGAGUAUCAAACUGCUGUUAUGCGAAAAGAUUUUGACACUGCAAACAAAGUUCUGCCGACUGUUCCCAAAGAACAUCGUACUAGAGUUGCUCACUUUUUGGAAAAACAAGGUUUUAAGAAACAAGCUUUAGCAGUAUCCACAGAUCCAGAGCAUAGGUUUGAACUUGCGCUAUCAUUGGAAGAUUUAGAAGUAGCUCAUGAACUAGCAAAAGAAGCCAAUAGUCAACAAAAAUGGCGACAACUUGCAUCUCUUGCAACACAACAAGGUCAACUUAAUCUUGUAAAAGAAUGUUUAAAUAAAGCUGAAGAUCAUGCAGGCUUGUUGUUACUUGCAACUAGUACUGCUAAUACUAAUUUGGUUGAAGAAAUAGCAAAAACUACCGAUCAAUUGGGUAAAAAUAACAUCUCAUUUUUAACCCACUUUUUAUUGGGUGACAUUGAUAAGUGUCUAAAUAUUUUAAUCGAAACUGACCGUAUACCCGAGGCUGCUUUCUUUGCGAGGUCAUAUGUUCCAAGCAGAAUUUCAGAGUGUAUUAAAUUGUGGAAAGAGAAAUUAGCCAAAGUCAACCAAAAAGCAGCAACUAGUUUAGCUGAUCCUGAAGAGUACCCAAAUCUAUUUCCAGGCUACAGGGAGGCUCUUGAAGUCGAAAAGUUUAUGCGUGAGCAAUAUAAGAAGAAAAUUCCAGCAAGUGACUAUCCCAACAUGACGCCAAAUAUUAAUCGCAAUGCUAAAGAAGAAAUGAUGCAAGCAAUAGCAAAGGGUGAAUAUUCACCAAAUGAAUCAUUUGGAAAUGGUUUACAACAGAAGUCAGAUGAAAUACUUUCAGUAGUGGAUCAGAUGAGAAAUGUGAACAUCAAUAAACCAGCAGCAUCCAAUAUCGAACUCUUAUCCACAAAAGAUCCAUUAACAUUGGAUGAUGACGAUCUCGACCUAGAUCUAGAAAUUGAUGAAAACAUUGAUACAACUGAUGUAAACUUGGAUGACGAUUUGUUGGAUGAUUGAUGAAUAUAAAGGAUUCUAAAGUUAAAGUUUAAAAGAAUUAAUUGAUAUCACAUAAGUCAUUCCUUAUUCAUUGACAUGCAGUUGAAGUAUGUACAAUAAAGGCUUAUAAAUUACUUAUACAAUUGAUAGUAUACAUUAAAAGUAAAUUGGACACUGAUCCGCGUCAAGAGCAUUAAAGCUAGCGAAUUAUGAACAUAACGGCUUUAAUCAGCGCAGCUGUAUAACAUGAUGAUUAAUGUUUAUAAAAUACAAAUCAUUGUGUCUGCAUUUAAAUAUAUGUACAAAAUCAGUAUUUGAAUACAUUAAUCAUUAUGGUGGUCAUGCAAUUUAUAUUCUUUAUUCACUUUUUAUGAUUUAAUUCAUACAUAUUAAGUCUAAUAUAAUUUAUAUGAGUUUUGUCACUCCUGUAUUUUAAUAAAAGCAUCAAGAUUAUAGUUAUGUAUUUGAUUAUUUUUUAAAAUAAUUGAUCCAAAAUCCCUUUCAUAUUGAUAAACAUACAAUUUUAUACGAUGAGUAAUUGUAAAGGAAAUUCAAUAAUUAAAAAAGGAUUUACAGACUUUUCCGGGACAAUAUAAAAAAAAGUACAGAGCAAAGCAAAAAAUUCAUGUCUUUUGCUUUCCUAAUAUAAAGAUAGGGUACUUUACCAGUGAUUGACCGCUUUCGACCAGUAAAAUGACCACUUUUGGAUGUGCAAUAACUAUUGUUUUUCCUUGUUAAAUUAUGAUCGAACGUGAAAAAGAUGCAUCGUUCACUAAAGAAUUGAAUAACGUACAUAUAAAUAUAUUUUUAAUUGUUUUUCAUAUGAUUGGUCUGACUACCCUACUCUAUCUUUGAAUAAUACAUAAUUAUAAUAUCUUAUUCAAUAAUUUAUAUUAGGACUUAAUUAAUCAAUCACAUUAACACACAAUAAAUAUAAUUAUUUCUACUUACUGCAACAAAUGGCAUAUAAUAAUAUAUACUUUAACAAUUCAAAACUAGAUUAAUUGCAAUUAAAAACAAGAUUGAUUAAUCCAUAUUAUUCAUAUAAUCUAAAUUCACAACUCAACCUAUCGCUAGGAGAUCCGAAGCUAGGACAGAACAAAAUAUUGUAAACGUUUUCUGAGAUUUCUACGCAACUUAUUUUUUAAAAGCCAUGUAAAGGUUUAGAACGUAAUAAAAAGAAAACAUCAUAACUUUUUAAAAAAAUAUACACAGGCAAUCUCGAAAAAAGUAUUUGAAAUUAGCUAUUUUAGUCUGGUUUCUGUAUCUCCUUGAACAUUACUUAUUAAGAUUUUUCAUCAAAAAUAAUUGAUGAAUAGUUCGUAAAACAUUUAAAAAUAAACAAAAACAUUAAAAAUUAAUCGUUUGCACUUAAACACACUGAACACGUAUUUAAUUGUUUGAUACAGUUAAAAUAAUAUAUAUUCCGGGACUCCCACUAAAAUUUCAACUUCAAUUAAUUUAAAAUUUUUAA